UAUCGAUUUUUGAAAUUGGAACCGUUACAACGUAAACCCACUCAACCAAACAUAACCCCAACGGCUACAUCUCCUUCCAACACAACGCCGAAACCGAACCCUCUGUCACUCCAAAUCUUCACUUCCGAUUCACUCACACCACCAUUUCCCUCCUCUGAAAUCUGGGGCGGUUCCAAUUCCUUCAUGGCGGCGGCGCCGGUGAAACCUCUUGCUGCAACCGACACCAUGCAACUCACGGAUUCCGACAACCCCGCUCCACCUCCUCCGCCGCCGGUUCCCCACACCCGCCGGCCGAGGGUCCGGGAAGUCAGCUCCAGAUUCAUGUCGCCGGCUGCUUCCUCCUCCCAGAGGCGGCAGCAUCGGGCAGAUUCAGACCUCUCCGGCGACGAGAAUUCUGAAUCCUCGUUUCCGAUCGCGAAUUCUGUUGCUCAGAGGAAGCAGCGUGCCGCCAUGAAGCUUUUCAGGGAAAGCAAUGGAGUUGUUGAUCAGGUGCCAAAUCACCCUCCUCACCCUCCUCACCCUUCAAAGUCUUGUUCAUCUAGAAUUGGAAUUGGAAUUGGGGGUAGUGGCAAUACUAAUAACCCUAAUUCAAUUGCUACACCUUCUAGGCCUGAUACCCCAACUCCCUCGGUUUUCGUGCCUUCGAGAUUCCGGCUCACGCCUCAUCAUCACAACAACCACAACCACAGCCACAGCCACAGCCACCAUAGGUCUAUCAAUGGAAGUGCAUCAGUUGCUGCAAAAUUGAUGCAAGCGAGUGGCAUGUCACAGUCAUUGUCCAAGGCCAAUGCUGCCGCUGCUGCUUCUGCUUUGUCUCAAUUGGAAUCCAAUUCGCGCGAUGAUUCUGCGAUAAGUUGCAGCACACAGUCACUUCCUGAGUUGUGUUCUGAGAAUGAUAGAGAUAGGUUGACUCUGAACGACGCUGCGAAAAUUGGCAAUAGUGGGGAAUUGAAAUCCCAUCCUUCACCUUUGUCCCGGUCUGUUACUUUGCCUGCUUCAAGCAGUGAGCACUUGCUGCUGGUAAAGGGGUCUGAGAAGCAACCGGCUUCUGUGUCAAAUCAUGUGAAGUUAGGAGGGCUUAGUUUGCCGCCGGUUGCUCCUCAGUGUGCGAGACCUGCAUUGGACACAAGGAAAGGGAGGAAAGGGUCUAGUCAUCAGGAAGAUGUGCAUUCCCUUAGAUUGCUCCAUAAUCGUUAUCUGCAAUGGAGAUUUGCUAAUGCGAAAGCGGCAGCUUCGAUGAAAGCUCAGCAAAAAGAAAGCGAGAAAGCACUAUAUUCUCAUGCAAUGAAAAUAUCAGAAAUGCGUGAUUCUGUGAACAGGAAACGCGCAGAACUGGAGCUUUUGCAGAGAUAUAAGACUCUAUCAACAAUUCUUGAUGCUCAAAUGCCAUAUCUAGAGGAGUGGUCUUCUAUGGAAGAAGAUUAUUCAGUCUCCCUUACUGAAGCAACUCAGGCCUUGGUGAACGCCUCAGUGCAGCUUCCAGUUGGUGGCAAUGUUAGGGUUGAUGAAAGAGAGGUGGGGGAGGCGCUGAACUCAGCAUCAAAGAUGAUGGAAACAAUUGUUUCCAAUAUCCAAAGAUUAGUGCCAAAGGCAGAAGAAACAGAUAGUUCUAUUUCAGAAUUAGCGAGAGUUGUCGGAGGAGAAAGAGCUCUUAUUGGAGAGAGCGGCGAUUUAUUGUCAAAGACAUAUAAAUCACAGGUGGAGGAGUGCAGCUUAAGGGGCCAGCUAAUCCAACUGCAUUCAAUUUGUCAAAAGAAUAAGAAUAAAGAACAACAAGAAAGUGAUAAUUAAAUUGCUACUUUGCCAGUCAACUGUGGAAAUACCUCCCAUCUGAUGUUGUUAAUAAUAGUUUGUUAAGGGAGCAUCAAGAGUACAAGGCCUGAGAAUUCAUUUUAACAUUUUUUACAUUAGUUGAGAAAGGGGGAGAGGAUCAUGAUUGAUCACAUGUAAAAUUUGUUUGAGUAGCUAUCUCUUGAAUUCACUGUAGGCCUGAGUGAAUUCACCAUGGUCUCUCUCCCUGUUUCACUCACUGGAUGUCAAUAAAAGUAAUAGGACACUUUGUCCUUGAAUGUA